AUGGAUUUACUGGACUCAGGGAGCCUCUCUGAUCUAGAUGAUCAGAAAUGGAAUUCAGAUUCCCCCGACGAUGCUGGCAGUGCUCAUCCCACCAGUGAUUGCGGUAUCGGCCACCGCGUCCUAGCCAGUCGCUCCGUGCUCGCCUUGGCAGUCGACGAGCAAUGUGUGUAUGCCGGCCUACAAGGCGGCGAUAUCUUCGCGUGGUCCCUUGAAACAUACGAGCUCGUGCUCUCAGUCCACGCACACAAGGAGAGCGUGCUCGGCCUUUAUCUCUCCGGGGAUGGCGAUUUGCUCUUCUCAAGUGGCGGCGACUCUGUGGUCAAUGUGUGGUCCACGCGAACCUUUGAACGACUCUUCUCAAUCUACUCCCACCAUGACGUGGGCGAUAUUUUUACUGUAGUGUAUUCAUCAGCCAACCAAAGUAUCUACUGCGGUGCGCAGAAUACGAGCAUUCAGUGGUGUGAUUUCUCGGAGGAAGGCUCAACGCUAAACCAAGCCUCGUCGGCCCACCCAUUGAAACGAACACAUCGUUUCUUUGAUUCCCGGGGGCCGGAUGGAACUCGUGCCCAGGGGUCAUCCGAUGGUGCCGUCUCUGACGGAGGCCGCGUGCUGAGCUUCAAGCGAGAUCACCACAAGCUGUUCGCGCAUCAUGGUUAUGUCUACUCAAUGUUACUGGUCAAAGGAUUGGUCGAGUCUGCUCCCUCCGAAGAGGUCUUACUCACUGGUGCGGGCGACGGAGUGGUGAAGUUAUGGCGCGUCGGCCAGCAGCCUGGCGGAACACCGUCCCAAAUUGCGAAAUUGCAGAACGGAGAUGCAGUACUGUCAAUUGCCGUGGAGGGAUCUUUGCUUUACUGCGGUCUUGCAGGCGGUGCUCUCAAUAUAUGGAAUUUGGACUCACAGCAGCUCGUGAAGCGAAUCACCAGACACACCGGUGAUUUAUGGGCCGUCCACGUCAUCCAGGGUGUCGCUAUCUGCGGUGACUCUAGUGGCGUAGUGAAGAAAUUUAACUCCCGAUUCGAAGAAGUUGGUGGCUGGGUUGCCCAUGAAGGCACCAUGUUGGCUUCCGCUGCUGGCCGGUUCAAGGACCGCCAGAUAUAUGCGACGGGUGGAAACGAUAACUCGGUGGGUAUUUGGGACUUGACCGAGUUCUUCAUGACCCAGGAGGAGCUUCCUCCAAUCAGCAACGAUGAAAUGGUCAACAGUCUGGCCAAGUUCGUCUCCUUCAAAACUAUCUCGGCAAGCCCUAAAUUCUCCGGCGAAUGCAACCAGGGUGCAGCUUUCCUCCGACGACACUGCAACUACCUUGGUGCCAAAACAAAGCUUUUGACGACGGGACAUCACACCAAUCCCAUCGUGUUCGCACGAUUCAACGCGACUGCACCUGAAAAGGUGGACAAGACGAUUCUUUUCUAUGGCCACUACGAUGUGGUGGGCGCAGAAACGAACCGACCCAAAUGGAGAACUGAUCCCUACCAACUUACCUCUAUCAAUGGGUUCCUGUAUGGCCGUGGUGUCUCCGAUAACAAGGGACCUAUAUUGGCCUCUCUGUAUGCCGCAGCCGAUCUUUUCCGAACAAAGACUCUGCGCUGCAAUGUCGUUUUCCUCAUCGAAGGUGAAGAAGAAUCCGGGUCUCAAGGAUUCCACCAGACUGUGCGAGAGCACAAGGAGCAGAUUGGCUCUGUGGAUUGGGUCUUGUUGGCCAACAGUUAUUGGCUGGAUGACUACAACCCCUGCUUGACCUACGGACUUCGCGGAGUGGUGCACGCCAACCUGGUGGUUACAAGUGACCAUCCCGACCUCCACAGUGGUAUCGAUGGCAGCACUCUGCUAGAUGAACCGGUUAAGGACAUUGCCAUGCUGCUGUCAACUAUUGUCGGACGCAAGGGUAAAAUCAACAUUCCUGGCUUCCAUGAUGCUGUUCGACCCCUCACAGACGCCGAGCAGAAACGGUUCGAGGCUAUUGCAGACGCAUUGCUUCUCCAGCAUCCCGAAAUUCCCAACAGCGAAGCCUUGAUCAAGUCCCUCAUGCACCGCUGGCGCGAGCCCGCACUGACUGUUCAUUCUGUCGAGGUCCCCGGCAGCAAGAGCGCCACAACGAUUGCCCGACGUGCCAAAGCAAGCAUGUCGAUCCGUAUCGUCCCAGACCAACAGGCCGACGAGGUCGCUGCCGACCUCACCGCGUAUGCCCAAGAACAAUUUGCCUUGCUCGAUUCGCAAAACGACUUGACGGUCGAAAUCACCGGUAAAUCCGAUGCCUGGCUCGGCGACCCGGAUAACGAACUCUUCGCCACCCUGUCCAAGGCGAUCACCGCAGCGUGGAGCCCCAACCAAGAGGAGGUGAAACGUCAAUUCCCUCCUCCCCCGCUACCAACCAACAACCGGUCCGCCAAGCCGAAACCUGGCGGCCCAAUCCCAGACCUCCGCCGUCAAGACUCUUCCGAUAGUCUCGCUUCGCAUGUGGAGCGGGUAAUCACGUCAGCGACGACUUCUUCCGCCGGCAAGGAAGCCGCUCGCAAACAGUCCUCGCAGUCAGCCGCGACGGUGCCGACUUCGUCGACCCUCACCGCCACACCGCCAGAGGAACCGGCCGCAUUACCAAUCCGAACAAAGUCCGAUGCAGACGGAAAGGUGAGGACUGAGCCGUCUCGUCUGGUGAAACCCAUGUUUAUUCGCGAGGGCGGGUCUAUUCCGACGAUCCGGUUCUUGGAAAAGGAGUUCUCGGCCCCGGCGGCUAACUUGCCAUGUGGACAGGCGAGUGAUAACGCCCAUUUGGAUAACGAGCGUAUGCGAGUUGAGAAUCUGUACAAGAGUCGGGAAAUCUUCCGCUAUGUCUUUGCCAAUUUGGUUAAGUCAUGA